AUGGCUACCGAAACCCCCCGCUUCUCCACAAACGACGUGACAGUCGUCUUCUUCCUUGGCGGUCCCGGCUCAGGCAAGGGCACUCAAUCUGCCAACCUGGUCCGCGACUACGCCUUCGUCCAUCUCUCCGCAGGCGACCUCCUCCGCGCUGAGCAAAUCCGUGAAGGAUCUCAGUACGGCAAGAUGAUCAAGGAGUACAUCACAGAAGGCAAGAUCGUGCCCAUGGAACCCUCCCCGGCGGGUACCAAGGCGCGAUUCCUGAUCGAUGGAUUCCCGCGCAAGCUGGAUCAGGCUGUCUUCUUUGAGUCGACUGUUUGUGUAUCUGAGUUGGUGCUGUUCUUGGAUUGUCCUGAGGAGGUUAUGGAGAAGCGGUUGUUGAAGCGUGGGGAGACUAGUGGGCGGGAUGAUGAUAACGCUGAGUCGAUUCGCAAGCGCUUCAGGACUUUCGUGGAGACUUCUAUGCCUGUGGUUGAUGACUUUGAGAAGAAGGGCAAGGUUGUCAAGAUUCAGGCUACUGGGUCUGUGGAGCAUGUCUUUGCGCAGGUGAAGACUGGUAUCGAGGCUCGUGGUAUUCUUCCUGUGAAGGCUUAG